GUCACGGAGAUGGACUGGUGGGACGAGGUGCGGCUGUAUGCACCAGACGCGGACAAGGACGACGCAGAUGCGCCGUAUCUGCGCAUUGUGUGCACGCCGGCACAGCAUGGCUCAGGUCAGUCGACUUCGCGAGCCGACGAGAUGGUCUGUUGACAUAGCUGUGGCAGGGCGGUGCGGACUCGACUCGGGCGUCUCGCUGUGGAGCAGCUGGUACAUGCAGCACGUGCCGCGGCCUGCGCCGCCUGCUGCGUCCCAGCGCUUCUCCGCCUUCUUCGGCGGCGACACGGGCUUCCAGUUCCACGGCGCGCGCGAGGAGGAGGAGGCCAACGCCGCGCUCUCGUCGGCCGCGACGCCGCUGCUGCCGCCGUCGCGCGCCGCGUACCCGAUCUGCCCGCUCUUUGCGCAGGUGCGGCGGCGCCUCGGCGUGCCGGACCUGCUGCUGCUGCCCAUCAGCGUCGGCGCCACGCUCUCCUUUCUCAAGAGCUACGAGCCGCCGCUGCCCGUGGCGCUGAAGCUCUUUCCCAGCAUCAGCGACGGCCUCACGGGCGCCAACCACAUGGGGCCCCGCGAUGCCGUGCGCGCCAUGCGCAUCAUGACGGACGCGCAGCACGGCGAGGCCGACGAGGCGGCCGACGAGGCCGGCGUGCCCGACGACUGGCAGGCGCUCGACGCGACGCCGCCGGCCGUGCGCGCGCCCCGGGCGCCGCUGGCGCUGGCGGUGCACUGGGGCACGUUUGUCGCCGACGCCGCCGAGGCCGAGGCGUCGAUGCGGCAGCUGCGCGAGGCGUGCGACGCCACGGGCACCGGCGGCGUGCGCUUCUGCCGCGGCGCCGCCCAGACGCAGGCGUGGCUUGGCAGCCGCAGCGAGGCCGACGGCGGGGCGUUCGCAGCGCUCGACCACGGCGAGACGGUGUGGCUGUGAGGCGUGUGCGCGCUGGUGUGAUACCCUGCCUGGAAUGCAGCAUCUGCCUGGACGAUGCGCCCAGAGACGUCUGUGAAUGCUCUGCGACGCAGCCUCUUGAUGCCAUGUCGUG